GAAAUUGAAUAAAAAUCAAUUUGACAAUUUUACUUGGCACCCAAAUUUUCCGUCUCCCCCUUCUCAAUUGACCAAUUUCGGUUGAACGGACACGUCAAAGUCAUUUUCGAGGUGCUUCCAAACGACGACGUUUGCCCCUCAUUCGAAACAAGGGUUUUUAGGACCCCUUCACCCUUCGGAUUCCGCCACCGCCAUAACGCCGUAGCUGCUGGCGAACGAUUUCUGGGUUUGUUAUUUUCACCUCAAAGUUCCAAUCUUUACCCUCGACAUGGCGAAGGGAGCAACUUCAAAACUUAACAUCGCAAUAAUUCACCCAGAUCUUGGCAUAGGUGGAGCUGAGAGAUUGAUUGUAGAUGCUGCCGUUGAGCUUGCGUCCCAAGGCCAUAAAGUUCAUGUUUUUACUGCACAUCAUGAUAAAAACAGAUGCUUUGAGGAAACUGUUGCUGGCACCUUUCCAGUUACUGUGCAUGGUUCCUUUCUUCCCCGGCAUAUAUUCUACCGUCUUCAUGCAUUGUGUGCAUACCUUCGGUGCCUAUUUGUUGCUUUCUGUGUACUUUUCAUGUGGCAUUCAUUUGAUGUUAUCCUGGCAGAUCAAGUCUCUGUGGUUAUUCCCAUCUUGAAACUCAAAAGAUCAACAAAGGUUGUAUUCUACUGCCAUUUUCCAGACUUGUUGCUGGCUCAACAUUCAACUUUCAUUAGGAGAAUGUAUCGAAAACCAAUAGACCUUGCAGAAGAAAUAACAACUGGAAUGGCUGAUUUGAUACUUGUUAACAGCAAGUUCACUGCAUCUACUUUUGCAAAUACUUUUAAGUAUCUAGAUGCUAAAGGAAUUCGACCAGCUGUUUUAUAUCCAGCGGUUAAUGUGGAUCAGUUCAAUGAACCCAGUUCCUUUAAGCUGAAUUUUCUUUCCAUCAAUCGCUUUGAAAGGAAGAAGAAUAUACAAUUAGCUAUUUCAGCUUUUGCUAUGCUUAACUCACCCGAAGGAGUUCUUAAGCAUAAAGAUAUUACUAAUGCUUCUUUGACUAUUGCAGGUGGCUUUGAUAAACGGUUGAAGGAGAAUGUGGAAUACUUAGAAGAGCUUAAAGAUUUAGCUGAAAAGGAAGGAGUCUCUAAUAAAAUAAGAUUCAUCACGUCUUGCUCUACAGCUGAAAGGAAUGAACUUCUUUCUGAAUGCUUGUGUGUCCUUUACACGCCAAAGGAUGAGCACUUUGGCAUUGUUCCUUUGGAGGCAAUGGCAGCUUAUAAACCUGUUAUUGCAUGCAAUAGUGGUGGCCCUGUGGAGUCAAUUAAGAAUGGUGUAACGGGAUUCCUUUGUGAUCCUACACCACAGGAGUUUUCUUUAGCAAUGGCUAAGCUCAUAAAUGAUCCCCAGGAGGCAGAAAGAAUGGGGAGAGAAGCUAGGAGGCAUGUUGCUGAGUCAUUCUCUACAAAGUCAUUUGGCCAGCAUCUAAAUAGAUAUCUAGUUGACAUUCACCGGGGAAAGGAGGAUUGAGUUUGACAUUGGAUAGCAUGAUUUUUGCCCUCUAAUUGUUAACUGCAAUUGGUGACCAUUCAACUUGCUGUUCAGAUUUUAGUGGCUUAGUUAACUAUUUGCUACAAGUUCUAUUUUCAAGAUAAUUUUUAUUUUAUACCAAUAUACCAUGUAAAUCUGAAUCAGAGAUGAUGACAUGUUCAAUGUUCCAAGUCUUGCUCCUUUUGGAUAUAUUCUUACAAUAAUAGGAAAGUUACUUUUUUUAAUUGU